CUUUGUUGAUACUGAUUCAAUUAAACAUGCUGUAAGAGCUGUAAAGGCUGUCUGAAUGAUUCGAAUUGAACCUUGCCAGAAUGAAGAAAAAGACGGGGAUUGACUAGUUGCAGUUUCCCGGAGCUGGUGUCUGGCCUGUACAUAAUGUCUUGUUCAGAAUAGCGAAGGCUGUAUACUCAAGAAAUCGAGUAUUAGAUUGACACAUGAGUCGACAAUACUUGGACUGUAGUCAUCUGAAACAAACCAAUUGAUUGUCAUCGACCGAGCACUGGAUUGCGGUGGUGACGAAAAGGUACAAAAGUUCGAGGUAUGGCAUACGCGCCAUGUAUUAUUAUACGAAAGAAGCGAUUCUCCCAAGGUGCGCAGUACGAAAAGAAAUCCCCACAAGUCACGUAUUUGAACUUUGAACACUUCUUUCUGUUCAAUUAUUAUCCAGAAUCGGUGAAGAUACUUCUGGUGGAUUGAUCAUGAGAGUUGAAAGAUAUAAUCCUGCUUUUCAUGAAUCCAAGCGAUCCACGCUAUUCGGAGAAGCCGGCGAUGGUGACGUCCUCCACCCGAGUCCUCCAUCAUACUCUACUAUGGAUUUCAACUUUGCCAGGACUCUGCCGCAAUAGUACCCUGAAUUUUCCCCAACGACGAAUCUUUUCGGAGACAUUCCCUACGGUCGGAAGGCGCACGGAGAUAUCUCUAGCUUCGGCCGAAACAGCUACAAGGAUAUGAAAUGAUAGAGGUAUCCAAGGCAAAUGCUUUACAGGAGCAGAUAAUGAAAGAAAUUAUGCCGAAAUUAUUAGCUGGUCUGUUUUGUUUACUCUGGAAUUAUGCGACCGUAUGACGAGCAGGGUCUUGUGUUACGGAAGCGGCAGCUUCGAUCGUGAGAUGCUAUCGUCUUACCGUUCUUCACCUUCUUCACCCACGGAUCAGGAACCAUCGGACAGACCGGAUCGAUCGGUAGAUAUGAAAGAACAAUUCAGUGGCUCGUUGGAUUGCCAAGAUGCCAUCGUGUCAAUCAUAGACAACUAUCCCCCGGAGCAAAUCCCGCCGAGCAGGUUUGCUUGUCUGUUGUCAUCAUCAUCGCCUCGCCGCAUGUGGCACCACCUGCGACGCGGUCUUUGUACUUUUUGUUUGAACCCUUGAUAUUUCAGGGAUUCCUCUUGGACUAUCCCUCUAGUUUGUUCCAUCUUCUCCUCCUCCACACUUUCCCCCACUCUCCACCUCCCCAACUUCUCCCAUCCCCUUCUGCCCAGCGGUCUGUCCAAUAAUACACCUCUACACACCGAAUCUUAUCCUCAACAUCACCAUGGCUCCUCAAAUUCCUAAGAAGCAGUGGGCACAGGUUGUCGAGAAAAAAGGUGGGCCACCGGUCUACAAGGAAAUUCCCGUCCCCAAGCCCGGCCCCGAUGAAGUCCUGCUGAAGAUCAAGUACUCCGGCGUCUGCCACACCGAUCUGCACGCCAUGAACGGCGACUGGCCUCUCCCUGUCAAGAUGCCUCUGGUUGGUGGCCACGAGGGUGCCGGUAUCGUUGUCGCCAAGGGCGAACUGGCUGAGGGCGUCGAGAUCGGCGACCACGCAGGUAUCAAGUGGCUGAACGGAUCGUGCCUGGCGUGCGAAUACUGCAAGACCUCGGACGAACCACUUUGCGCCACCCCUCAGCUCUCGGGUUACACCGUCGACGGCACAUUCCAGCAGUAUGCGAUUGGCAAGGCUGCCCACGUCACUAUUCUACCAAAGGACAUUCCUCUGGAUGGGAUUGCGCCAAUUCUUUGUGCCGGACUUACCGUGUACAAGGGUCUGAAGGAGUCUAAUGCUCGUCCUGGUCAGACCGUUGCGAUCGUUGGUGCCGGUGGUGGUCUCGGUGUGAUGGCUCAGCAAUAUGCCAAGGCCAUGGGACUGCGCGUCAUUUCCAUUGAUGGUGGUGACGAGAAGCGUCAGGUCUGCGAGAAGCUUGACUCGGAGGCCUACAUCGACUUCACCAAAUCCAAGGAUCUCGUCUCUGACGUGAAGGCUGCCACCCCCGAGGGCCUAGGUGCACACGCUGUGAUCCUGCUCGCCGUCUCCGAGAAGCCCUUCCAGCAGGCGGUUGAAUACUCCCGUCCCCGAGGUACAAUCGUCGCCAUCGGUAUGCCAGCCAACGCAUUCCUCAAGGCCUCAGUCUUCGAGACCGUUGUCAAGAUGAUUACUAUCAAAGGUAGCUACGUGGGCAACCGCCAGGAUGCUGCAGAGGCGGUUGAUUUCUAUGCUCGUGGUUUGAUCAAGGCACCAUUCAAGACGGUUCCCCUUGAGGAGCUUCCCAAGGUGUUCGAGUUGAUGGAGCAAGGCAAGAUUGCCGGUCGUUAUGUUCUCCAGAUGCCAGAGUAAAUGCAUCAAUCGACGGGCGGUGCAUAACCGACAACAUCGUAUGAGCAUAUCUUAGUGAUAGCACCUGUUACAGUUUACAAUGGCUCGCGACUAGGAGCUGGUGUUGCCUGGACAGCGUUCCGUUUAGCCUAGUAGUACCUACACAUUAUGAGAAACGAAACAUUUCAAUCAACAUUUCUUUCGAACAUGCCUUGAAGC